CACAGGCUCUGAGAGCUUUGAAGCAUAUUCCGCUCUGGCUCCAGCUGGCCUUGCUCCCCACACCAGACCCCUGGACCCAAGAAGCGCAGCUCAGCUCCUUACCCAGCGCAGAGGUGGGAGCAGCGUCCUCCGGGGGAGCCGGGCUCGCAGGCAGGCAGCGCGGCUCAGACCCCUGGGAGAGACCAGGCCAGGCGCCCACUCGCUGUGUCGGGGCCUCCGCUCGCCUGCGAGAGCAUGAAGGGGACGGAGCGGCACAUGGCCAGGAGGCCGCUGCAUAAGCAGCUGGAUUGGGAGAGGAAGCAUGCCAGGCAGGCCGAGGCCAGGCUCAGCCAGCAUCUGCAGAGACUCGAGCAGGCCCACCUGUGCCACCUGAGGCUGCUGGCCUGGGAGCAGCGGCAGCUGCAGAAACAGCUGCAGAGGCUGCAGCACGACCGCAAGGGCAAGUGCCCCUUCUCCCCCGGGAACCGAGUUCGGCAGAGACCAGGAGGCGCCCCCGAGCGCCCGCAGCAGGGAGGGGACCUCGGGACCCCCCGGGCCACUGGAGCCAGAGCCCUGGCCACCAACACAGCCCAGGAAACACAUCGGGCCCGGCCCCAGGGGCCUCCUUCCCACCGCGAUGGCCUCAAGGGCCCCACGAGAAGCAAAGAGCAGUCACCGCCUCAAAUCCAGGUGACCUCCCCCCUCGCAGGGGAGAUGCCGCCCGACCCAGCCGCCGCCACCUGCUCCACAGCCCCCUGCCCCGGGGACAGCCCAGCCGGUGAUGGGGUCCUCGGCGAGGCCAGACCGGUGGCCACAGGCCUGCAGCCCGACCUCCACGCCAGGGAGCACAUGUCCCCGGGGGCCCCCUCCUUCCGCGAGGUGUUGGCAAGGGCCGCCAACGCCCACUACCUGCGGCACCGGGUGCCUCCCGAGGCUGAGCGGCUGCUCAGCAUGGGGGAGAUAUUUGGGCACGGGGGUCCCGGGACCCAGCACAGGGCACCUGGAGGUCACCUCUCCAACCCUCCCGAGCCCUCAGAGUAACACAUCAGCCACUAGAGAAAUGUGCGCAAUUUUAUU